CACGGGGAGCUGCCGACCUGCGACCGCUGGCGGGAGGACUACGAGGCCUGCCGGGCCUGGGAGCGGGACCGCGCCGCCAGCGCGCAGGAAACUCUGUGCAAGAGUGAAAGAGCUCGGGUUAUGGAAAAACAGAAAUAUGCUCCAGUGUGGACAUUCAGGAAGAGCCCACCACCUGACUGGUACCUUCCACUUGACCAAGACAAAUCAAAUUAG